AUGUUAACCUUCACGGGCGGGGAAGACAAGGCUGAAGGAAACUGGAGAGUCGACUAUCUGGUCAUCGAACAGCCUCCUCCUCCAGCCCAGAGACAAAGAUCCCCCCCAGCCAUGCCGGCUCUCUCCUCCCCGGACACGGCAGUCCGUCAGCACCAGCAGGCCGGCUCGAAGACGACAGCUGCCACGGUCACGGCCACGGCCACGACCUCCUCGUCCUUGUUCGGUCACUCGCCGUCAAAAUCACACGAUAAACCAACAGCUCAUAACACGUUUCUGUGGAACCCAGACUUCAACAACGGAGAUGCCGGAAAUGGAGUCACCGCUUCGGCGAAUUUCUUUGUUGACAACCGCUCGUCCAAGGGCCCAAAUUCGAAGGCUGGUGCCACGGUAUCUGUCCCUUCGUCCAGAGACCGCGCUGAGAGCACCGACUCGUCGGCGAGGAAUGGACAUACCGUGCCAUCCAGCUCAAUGCCGAUAGGAAUGGCGUUUAGCCACGACGAAGCUAGGACAAAUGGCGGAACGAACUAUGAAGCAUUCACGGAUGACCGCUGGUCGAAUGGAGCAAGAAAUAGUAUGGAUCACAGCCAGUGCCAGACUGCGAAUGGCGAUGGUAUGAAAACCCAGUCGAUGGUCAAUGGGCUGCCAUAUAGGCCUCGGUCAGGACUCACGAACUACUCCUCCUCUCAGCUUCACAACUACACCGGAUACCCGUCUACUGCCGAACUUACACCGCCAAGCUCUUCAUCGCAAAAUGACAGUGUAGGACCGGCUCCAACCAGACCUCCUCCGCCUAUACCGACUGCUAUACCAACUACUCCCGCGCCUAAGCCCAUAAACCUUGAUACCAUCAACCUCGACACCACCAGCCUCUCUCCAGAACCUUCCAAUAUCUACCGCCAUUCCUCUCCACCACUCCCAGGAUCUACAAACUCGCCGUCCGAUGUACCGACCUCCCCAUCCAGCCUCCAGAGCACCCGCCUAGCUCACCGACACACCCUCCAGGUCCCACGACAUUCCUCCUCGAGAGCUAGUCGCGACCUUUCUACUCCCAACGCCGUUGACGACACGCUCUUGCCCAUCGACCGUGUCACUUCUCCGGCUUCCGUUCUGCGUCGCGCCUCUUUCAACAUCCCUCGCCUCACACCCAGAUCUAACCCGUCUGAGACGUAUCUCGACGAAGCCCUGCAGGAUGAAGGUGCUGCGCGAUGGACAGAAGCAUUCAAACAGCGCCGUGCUAGCAAACGGAAACGACGGGAGGAAGAAGACGAAGACCGCGUUAUUGUUGGGACGAAAGUCGACAUGCAUCACGUAAAUUGGGUGACAGCAUAUAAUAUGUUGACGGGAAUUCGGUUCACAGUAUCAAGAACGAACGCGAAGCUGGAUCGUGAACUUACGGAUGCCGAUUUUGAUGCGAAACACAAGUUCUCUUUUGAUAUCACCGGGAACGAAUUAACCCCUUCAGCAAAAUAUGACUUCAAAUUCAAAGACUACGCUCCCUGGGUCUUUCGACGGCUGCGUUCAAAGUUCCAACUCGAUCCAGCCGACUAUCUCAUGUCUCUCACAAGCAAAUAUAUCCUCUCCGAACUAGGCUCGCCAGGUAAAAGUGGCAGCUUUUUCUACUUUUCCCGUGACUACAAGUACAUCAUCAAAACCAUCCACCACGCCGAACAUAAACUCCUCCGCAAGAUACUUCGUGAAUACUACGAACACAUCGAGAAUAACCCCAACACCCUCAUCUCUCAGUUCUACGGCUUACAUCGCGUUAAGAUGGCAUACGGUCGAAAAAUUCACUUUGUCGUUAUGAACAACCUGUUCCCACCACACCGAGAUAUUCAUCAAAUGUAUGACUUAAAGGGUUCAACGAUUGGACGGGACUUUAGAGAAGAAGAUCUCGAAGCCAACCCGCGAGCUACUCUCAAAGACCUUAACUGGCUACGGCGAGACCGUCAUCUAAACUGCGGUCGAGCUAAACGAGAAGUAUUCCUCGCCCAGCUCCGUCGAGACGUCACCCUGCUCCAACGGCUCAAGAUCAUGGACUAUUCCCUUUUAAUCGGGAUCCACGAUGUUGAAAAAGGCAACGAAGAGAAGCUACGAGAUCGAACGCUCCAGAUCUUCCAACCCGGAGGUGACUUGGCAGACGAACAGCAGCCAAACUUACUCAUGCGAACACCGUCAAGGCUUGAAAAUGCACGCAAGGCAAGAGAGUUGAGAGAGAUGAUCAAACGUGAGAAACCGGUUCCCAUGGAGCGUACCGCUGCCAAGAUGCCGGAUGAGGUCUUGGACGAGCGAAAGAAUCUAGUUUUCUAUUCGGAUGAUGGGGGAUUGAGGGCGACCCAUGAGAAUGGGGAGCCAGGUGAUGAGAUAUAUUAUCUCGGUGUCAUCGAUUGUUUGACUCACUACGGCAUGGUUAAGAAGGCGGAACAUUUUUGGAAAGGUCUCUCCCAUAACAGCUCGCAGAUCUCACCCAUACCACCGGAAGCCUAUGGUGAACGGUUCUUAGAAUUUAUCACGAGCAUUACCAAGUCCAAGGAGGAAGUGGAACGUGAGAAACAAAAUGCAGAAACUACCCAAGCACAAACAGACGGACCUGUUUCUUCUGAAAGGAAAUCAGGUGAUGUCCAGAAACCAUUGCCUGCGCACCCGGAGCCAUCUCGAACACUGAAAACGGUCAAUGCUCCAUCGGACUUCAAUGGCGGUGGCGGAUCCGCAACACUCCCUGUUGUCGAAGAAGUAGGCGAGAACAGCAGCACGGGAGGCAAGAGUGGGCGAAGCAAUGAGAGCAGGGGAGGGGACGAAGCCGCUGGGAAUGAGGAAGGACAGGUGGGCGGCUGGGCGAGCAUAGAGACUAGGCGAUACAGUUUCCGCACUGCGAGGGCGCCGGCUGGCCCACCACCAGUAUCUGCGCCUCCACCACCUCCACCACCGAAGAUAGAUGGCGACAGCGCCGGCUCACACACGCUUCUAAACAAUUGGACCGACGACAACAGGAGUAACGAUGCUGUGAGGAACAGUACCGAGAGGGAUAAGGAGCUGCCCCCUACACCCGGCCUAGCUGGCGAUAGACCGCCUAUGCCUCAACGGCCACCGCCUACGCCACCGACAUAG